AUGCAGCGGGCGCGCUGCUACCCCCGGGCAUCCCCCGGACCCCCCGCACACCCCCGGCCCCCCGCGCACCCCCGGCCGCCCACGGGGGCUCUCUGGGUGCCCUGCGGGAUUCCCGGCGGCCCCGCGGCUUUCGGCUCCCCGCCUGGAAAGGAACAGCGCCCCGGGGAAGUCCUGCUCCGCCGCCCCUAUAAAGGCGGCGCGGCCCCGCAGAGCAGCCGGAGAGCCCGGGGCACAGCCAUGGAGCAGCGAGGCACCGCCAGGGGCACCGGCACCGCCAGGGGCACCGGUACCGGUACCGGCACCGGCAGGGGCUCGGGGCGCUGGGCGCUGCUGGCCGCGCUCUGCCUGGCGCUGCCCCUGCCCGCCCCGGCGCUGCCGCCGCCCGUCCCCAGCCCGGUCCCGGAGCUCCGCCGCUCCCGGGCGCUGCUGGACGCGGCCAGAGCCUCGCUGCUCAGCCUCAAGGAACAUGGGACACUGGGAUUUGAAUGUACCCUGGAAGAGGUUGAUCUCAAAGAUAUCACUAAGGAUCAAAUCAACACGAUAAAAGCUUGCACAUCUGAGGAGCCAAGGACUGGAAACUGUCCAGUGCUGGAAAGUUCUACUUUUGAUAAGCGUAAAUGCCUGCGGGGGAUCUAUGAAGAUCUGAAAGCCUACAGGGCAGAGCUCAGCGAUCAGAAGGUGCUGACGUCCAUUGACGAGAUGAUGAAAGCCCUGCAGCCGGGCAGCCCGGGCGCGCUGCAGCCGCCGCCCAGCGCGGCGCUGACCUCCUUCAAGGACCGCAUGAGGCUCUGCGGCGUCCUGCACGCCUUCCACAUCCGCGCCGUCACCAUCGACAGGAUGAUGAACUACCUGAGCGCCCUGUGAGCGCCCCAGGCAGCGCCCGAAGCCGCCUUGGAGCGUUGCAGGAAGAAGACAUGGUGCGGUGGGUGUCCUGCGGCUUGGCUGGGGGCUUUGUAGGAAGCAAGCACGUCCCAUUUUACCGAGUUUCUUAUAAGGCGUGUUUUAGUGAGCUAUUGCCAGUGCCUUUUAAGCUAUCUUGUUAAAUUUCUACACUUCUAGACAAUAAGCUAUAUCAUGCGAUAAUGUUCUCAGACCACCGAACACUCAGCUGUUACCUGUCUUAAAUGUUUUAUUUAUUCAGGUUUCAGAAACUGAAACGUAUUUAUAAUAUUCCUGAUUUAUUUAUUAUGAAGUUCCUUAUUUAUUCUAUUUAUUGCCUAAUAAAAUUACA